UAAAACACCGCUUACACUUUAGUUCAGUCUUACCAUCUGACAAAGAAAGUCUUUCUCAUAAACCAAAUAGACAUAUGUAUAAUGUCGUGUCAAGGCCCGAGUUAAUGUCAGCCUUAUUGAUUUUGAACAAGAUGGCUUUUUAGCCUUCUAGAGUGUGGGGCUAAAAUAAAUUCAGGCCUUGUAGAGAGGAUAAAAAUAACUUCACAGUCUCUUCUUUUUUGCUUCUGCGCGACUGAAGUUCAUUAAUUCUGUAUACUCUCUUUUACCUCUUCAUCAAUCAGAUAUUUAACGGUGACGUAACAAAACAAAAACACCUUGCUAUUUAAAUAUGAGCUCAAAUUAUAAAAUUACAGAGCGGAAAUGGGAUUAGAUAGCUACCUUGAGAUAAAAUAUAGACAUAGUUCUCUGGAUUCCUUUGAAUUACUAUUAUUAAAAUAGCCAAUGACAUUUACGACUUCAGUACUCAUUGUUACCAGUAAUCGCAGACAGUUAUAUCAAAAGACACUUCAGAAGUUUAUUUUAUCAAAGUAGGUUUUGAAGUUUACUGACCUAAAUACCUGUUUAGGUGUCACAACUUGACCUAAUAAUCGUCUACAUAACUGAAAGGUGAUUACAUGUUUAUAGACUGAAACUUUGAGGAAAUUUGAGACUUUUAUCGGCUGUUCCUUUCACGGCCAUUUGAUAAAAAGUUCUGGUUUGAGCAGAUUUAUUUUCUAAAUAAACUUCCUUUAUUUUGAGUUUUUCCGCCUACCUUUUGUUUAAGUGGGCAGCUUUGUUGGGAUUCACAGAAGCUUGUUAUGAUCAGCUGUAAUUUCGAGGUUAUAACAAAUGGUUAAUCCAAUGAAAAAACGGAGUCGUAAUUUCACCUUGGCCGUAGCUCUGAGGAGUGGGAAGGAGGUUGCCAUAAGUCCCCUGAUGGAGUCCAACACCUUCUCAGUGCGACUGCAGCCCAAGGCAGAGUCAGGGGAGGUCAUGUUGUCCGAGGACUUCCUGGAGCUAUCAGUAUUCAAACUAGACCUCAAGACAAACACGAGUAAGCUGCAAAUAGUCAUCGACAUGCUCGAAAUAACAUCAAUCCGAGACAAGCGAAAACUAAAGUUCUGCAUGAAAGAGUUCGCCAUACCCUGCUCCUGCGUUGGAACUUACGCGGCUCUAAACACCUCCCCUAUUAGCCCAAUACAACCCGGUACCAACUGUCAGUUUCACAACGAAGGACUCAACAGAUCAGUUUGCAUACAUUACGGUCGAAGAUUUACAGACAAGUUUCUGUCUUUAAUUUUCAUGACGACUUCGGAAUGCGAAAGAUUUGUUCAGUUGGUUGAGAAGGUUGUUCAAAUUGGUUCGCAUACUGACUCGCUGCAUUCGAAUGUGAAGUUAAAAAGGGCGUUUCGAGACAUGAUUCAGAACUCCACAGUGCUCAUUCAACAUCAUAUGAAGUCUGGUAAUGUCUCAGGAAGAUCUCUUCAAGGGUCAAUCCGCAAACUUGGAAUCCAAAUGAAAGUGUCUCCCAUGAAUUCGAAGUCGGUCCAUAAAGGACGCAUAGUGCCCUUCCGCGUGUACCCUCCCGAUCCCACGGAGAGUGUAGAACAGGGCAAGAUAUUCAUGGCAGACGUGAACAAAAUGCCACUGUCGUUUGAAGAAUAUUCUGGAAUAAUCUCGACACUGCUUGAUGAACAGAAACUGUUUGACAUGAACAAACUCACUUUGCAGAUUGGAGUUCAAAACAUAAGGGACGCUUUCAUGGACUCUAAUGACAUCAAGAACCACCCCCACUUCGACGCUGUGCACCACGACAUGAGUCAUCCCCUGACCAAAUACUUCAUAGCCUCCUCCCACAACACAUAUCUCACGGGGGACCAGCUGUUCAGUGACUCAUCCCUCCACGCCUACGCCAGGGUGCUGGAGUUGGGGGGACGCUGCAUUGAGUUAGACUGCUGGGACGGAAACGAUGGGGAGCCACAGGUCUACCACGGAUACACAAUGACGAGUAAGAUCAAGUUCUAUGACAUCGUCCAAGUGAUUCGCGAGUACUCAUUCAGGACCUCUGAAUUCCCUGUCAUUCUGUCGAUCGAGAACCAUUGCAGUCUACCACAGCAGAGACGACUGGCCAGCAUUUUGAAGGACGUCCUGAAGAAUUCGUUGGUGACUGAGCCAUUGAGUGGGGUCGAGGGCGUGCCCAGUCCGAGACAGCUGGCCAAUAAGGUGUUGAUUAAGCACAAGAAGUUGAAGGAAGGCGCGGACGAGACGAGCGAGAAUGCAGACUGUGCCGAGCAGGCGUUUGUGUGGAGUGGCGUGCUCAAGUUCUACGACUACGGAAGGAAAGAACUACUCGAGCAUUAUGCGACUCUAACAGAUACACUAUUCAUGUGGGAGAUCGGAACACACGCAGAACUGUCCGCCGAUUCCGACUCUCACGACACCGAACUCGCCUCCGACACUCUCUACUGGGACGACAUUUACAUUCCGAACUGCGCUCGUACCAAAGCCGAGCAGUUGCUACGAGACCUGAGGGCGAAUUGCAAUGUGUUUCUGAUACGAGACAGUUCGAGUCAGGCGUUCACCAUUUCAUUCUCGGUGACCAAUCAGAAUGAAGCGAAUAACAAUCGCACCAUACAUCACGUGCCAGUGUACCAGGAGGAAAUGACGGGGAGAUAUUUUCUUCAUGACCAGAACAUGUUUGUCUCUCUGACUGAGCUGGCGAAGAACUACAUGGACUCGCCCUUCAUGAGUGCGGACAAGAGGGAGUUCCUUCUAGGGAGACCCUACGCACACUUCAUCACCACCCACUCCACAUUCCACCCCACCUGCUCCAAGACAGAGGCAGAGAAGAUACUCAAGUCCUGCUGCCAGGACGGUGCUUUCAUGUUCCGACCAAAAACAAAUCCGAAUAACCCGCUCUCCAAUCUCCUCACAGCCACAUCUCCAAUGAGCCCCCUCGCAACACCAACUCAGUCGCCAAUGAAAGCCAAUGGGAACAGAGAAGGGGUCAUUUUGGGGUCGAAUGACCCUACUUCGUCAGUGGGCAGCUGCAAAUACGCCUUGUCCUUUUCGGUCAAGCCGGACGCUGACUCUGAAGAUAUCAUCACUUAUCAUACUGAUCUAGAAAUGGCAGAAGAUCUCUCAGUCACUCUCGGUUCGGAGACCUACCGCUCCAUCAACGACUUCCUGAGACACUACUCACACCAUGCGAUAUACAGACAGACCAAACUAGUUCACCCUGUGAGUCGCCACUACGCCACCAGUCGGAAGAAGAUAGACCAGCUGAGACAAGUCAGUCUGUACUGUCCGUCCGAGUACCUCGACACUAACAUCAUGCAGUCGGCUGUCGUCGGAAAGGUGAAGCGGACCCUGUCUCUGCCAGUGGCGUCUGAGGAGGUGGACUUGAAUGCGAACAACCACCCCUCCCCAGUGUCAGAGACGGAGGCACAAGUCACCACCGGAGAGAUCGUGGUCAACGUCACCAAACAUGACCAAUAUGAGAACUGGUUCUGUGGUCUGCUGCAUAGGACGGGUGAGAAGGUGUAUGUUCACAGGAGGGACUUGGAACUGUUCGAGUGGAAUGCAGAACAGUUCAGCUUCGAGAACUUCUUCCGCAACAGAGUGCCACUUGUUGGCGCUAAAAUAGAGAUGGGGUCCUCCUUUUACGGCCCAGAAGUCAUCUUAGGCUACGAUCAGAGUCGAUACUUCCGGCUACGAACCACCAGCAGUAUCGUCAACAACACCACUUCCGAUCAGCCACAAGAACUGACCAUUGUCUGCGACAACACUACUGAAGCUGCAAAUCUAUUCGAUAUUUUCCAAAACUGCAUAAAAUGCGCCGGUGAUAAAAACCGAAGUGCGCUCGAGUUACAAAAGAAAGUUGGAAUUGCGAAAGAGUUAAGCGAUCUGGUAGUCUAUUUUCAGUCAAAUAACUACAGUCAAAGAUGUGGCAAUUCCAAGGUUAUAAGUGAAAGUUCUUCCAUGAUGUUCUCGUCUAUGAAAUCUUCGUUAGUUCAGACAUCAUUGAGUUCGUUCAGUCCCCAGAAUGUGAAUGGUGAGAUUACGCAACAGAUGACGCAACCUGAAGUGUUUUCAUUUGAAGAGACAAAACUGGAUAAAAUCAUAAAAGAUUCAUACGAUGACUUUGCCUCAACUGUGAGCAACACCUUCUUUGUGCGAGUCUACCCCCGUGCCCAGCGGAUCAGCAGUUCCAACUUUGACCCCUCCCCCUUCUGGAGUGCGGGGGUGCAACUGGUGGCCCUGAACUACCAAACGGGGGACAAGUUCAUGCAAGUCAAUCAGGCACUGUUUAGAACUAACGGCAACUGCGGCUACUAUUUGAAGCCAGAGAGUGUGAGAUGUAGUGGGAGCAGCAUCAUUCGAGAUUCACCCGUUCCGAUUCGACGAGGGAGCAAGAAGUCACGAGGCUGUGAAAUUAGUGUGGAAGUUCUAGCAGCCCGCAACCUCCCUAACAUAGCCAACGCAAUAGUCAUUCCAAUAGUCGAAGUCGAAAUUUUCCCCCAAAACCAAUCCAAACGGUUCGAAGCUUUCAAGGCCAGCAAGCGGUUAAACGGAUUGACCCCUAUCUGGAAAAACGCCAGUGUGUUCUGGUCUGUUCAGAGCGCCGAACUCUCAUUUCUACGAUUCACUCUUUACCACAAAGAUAUAAUAUUAGACUUAGAUCCAACAUUUGUAGCUCAAGCGACUAUUCCGCUAACAAGUGUGCGAAACGGCAUUCGUUGUGUGCAGUUGGAAAACGAGUUCUCGGUUCCGAUUCCUCUCGCAAAAUUACUCGUGUAUGUGAAUGUUGACUGGAAACGAUGCCCGACGUCCUUCGAUCCAAGCUCGUCGCCUAUUUCGAAUUCAAGGACUUGUUUGCUGUUAAACUGCGACGAAUACUCUUCAGAUUCAGAUAAAUCGUCGCCUCAGAGUGGCAAUACUUUGAAACAAGAAAACGGAAAGAGCAAAAAACUGUUCCCGAAGAAGAAAUGAAAUUUUCAAUGAAGGUUUAUAAUGGCAAAUAUUUCAAUUUAAA